AUCAGCUGGAGAACGCGAGCGUCGAACGUGGAGCGUUAAUCGUGGAACGCUGAUCGUGGAUCGUUGAUCGUGGCGCAUUCUCAUCUCGAGUUGUUAAUUGUGACCGUGCUAAGUGUUUCGCUUUGCGGCCCGGGCUUGCACAUGUCGACAUCAGCUGCCGGGCAUUGAGCAAUUGUAGAACAUAGACAGACUUUAGAAACAAAACGAGGUCUUCUUGGAACUGUGAAGAACUCUUUGACACAGUUCAUGACUUUCACGCGGCCACAUUGUGUUUGCAUUAGUAUUCGUAUCGAUAAAGUUGCGGAGCGGUGCAUAGGCGUAGUGGAGCAGCGUCUCUAAGUGGAUCAACAUGAACAAGCUGCGGACCUGGUUGCCGGGCCAACAUGCCAAAGACUCUGCCCGCCAUUCGGUCACCCUCGAGCCGGAGAUUGGCUUCCAGAUCACCAUCGAGAUGCACGACCAAAAGGAGGACAAUCAACAAAGCUUUACGGCAGCCAACGGCUCGUCUCCCAUGCCCGAGCUGAAUGUGCAUCUCAUUGCGGCGCGGCAUCUGCCCUCCCUGUUCGGAUUCAAGAUCGUACAGGGAUAUCUGAUAAAGGUCAAACUGUUUCCGGGCACAAAACGUUUGGACAGCAGCAUUCAGACCAACACCUGGCCAAAGUUUAAUGAAAACUUCAAGUUUCCCUUGGUGCCCGAUAUUAAACCAUCCUUAAAGCACGGCUCCGCCUUUUCCUCCAGACGCCAGGUGCAGAGCCGCACAGCCGGCGACUUCUCCGCGCCCGACGAACUUUUUGCCGGCCAAUUUGUGGUCUUUACCGUUUAUGCCUUACUCGAGCUGCCUGCUGCAAGUUUCAAUCGAUUCAACAAGACGUAUCGCUCCCUGAAAGAUAAGAGCUCGAGUUUUGUGCAGCGGCUUUCCGCGGGUGAAACCCAGACUGAAAAUGGGUCAGCACAAAAGAAUGGGAAGAAUAAAAAGACGACAGAGAAUCCAAGGGAUGCCAUGCCACCAUUGACAAUAAGCGAAUCCCGGAGAAAUAUAGGCUCCGUCACCUGCUACCUGGAGCCGAAGCUUUUUAAGCGCAACGCUCGCACCGGAUGCUAUGCGACUGAGGAGCUCUGGCUGCCCAUUAAAGAUAUAACCACCACAGUGCUCAAGACGAUGCCCAGCAACAACAACAACAACACUAAUGGCAACAACCUCACCAAUGCGCCCAAAGGUGUUGUCGAGCUGGCGCUGGAGCUGCGCGAUCUGAGCGAGAACGAACCACCUGAAGAAGCGCAGCCGGAGCCAAAGGACGAGCCAGCCGCCGCCGGAGCGAACAACUGGCAACGCAUGACAGCCGAGGUGAAGCGCAAAAUGGGCAUCAGCAAUGUUACGAAUGUCUUGGGCGGCACACUCGUGCUCCGCGUAACCACGGCGCGCAUGCGCUGCUCCAACAAGGUCAAGGAUGAGCUGGAGGCGACGGCCAGCGCGGGCGUCUACGUCAAGACCACGGUCUUCGAGCAUGGCAUCUAUGUAGACGCCUGGAAGUCGCCCAUUUUCUAUCCAUCGUUAUCCACCAAAUGGGAUGGAGCUGGCGGCGACGAGGCUACCAUAUGUGUGCCGUUGCGCAGUCGGGAGCAGCUGGAGAACAUUGUGAUUCGCAUUACGCUGGCGACCAAGCUGAAAAUGGGCAAGAAACUUGUGCUGGGCACGGUGCUGGUCGGCGGCGGCGAUGCCAGUGCCACCGAAUCGGGCAUGGAGCAAAUGCGUCUGCUUCGGGAUGCACCACUCAAUGAGCGCGUGGCCACCUGGCACUGCUAUCACUAGCUCCAUCAACCAACUCCUUGCCUCCUGCGAUUGAUUUCUCAGCAAUGUCCGCAGCUCAAGUAUAGUUCCAAAAUUUCUAGUUUUCCAUUCGAUUAUAAUGCUUGUACCUAAUAUUAA